CAAAGUCAAAACCUAAAGAAAAUCGUUAGACCAUCACACCAUUCCUUUGUCUCUUCUCUCUUCAAUGGCUUCUUCCACUACAGCCCUUCUAGGUCCACCUUCCAUCGUCGCCGCCGUGGAGACUCGGAUCAUGAAACCCGUUACCACCCCUGUUUCAACCGACCAAAAUCUGAUCUCCAAGACCGCCGCACUAGCCCUCGAGGAACGCCCACCGAUGGGUCUGACUGAAAACUUGUCGCCUACGUUUCUCUCCUCGGGCAGCCCCUGCCUCGAUUUCUUCUUCCACAUCGUGCCCGACACGCCUCCCAACGAUCUGAUCCAACGCUUAGCGGUUUCCUGGUCCCACGACCCGUUGACCACUUUGAAACUCGUCUGCCAUCUCCGAGGAGUUCGAGGCACUGGGAAGUCUGACAAAGAAGGGUUUUACACAGCAGCCUUGUGGCUUCACGAGAAUCACCCCAAAACCCUAGCUUUGAAUCUCCCGUCUCUCGUCGAUUUCGGGUACUUCAAAGACUUGCCUGAGAUUCUUUAUCGGAUCCUUGAAGGUCAGCGGGAGGUGGAGGAGAGAGGGACGAAACGGGUGUGGAGGAAGAGGAGUCAGAGCCAGUUCAAGCGGACGAGAGAGACUCGCUCCAAGGGUUUGGAGGAUCGGAUUCUUGAAGAGCUUGGCGGUCAUGUAGAUAAAACAAAGGCUAGAGAUUUAAGGAAACAGAGAGAGUUCGAGAAGGCCAAGAAGGCUUUGGAGAGGUAUAACUCUGAUGCUAACUACAGAUCACUUUUUGAUUGUAUUGCGGAUUUGUUUGCUGGUUUGUUGAAAACCGAUCUGGAGUGUUUAAAUGCUAAUGAGAUGUAUAAGAUUAGUCUAGCUGCUAAGUGGUGCCCUUCUGUUGAUUCUUCGUACGAUAAGACUACACUGAUAUGCGAGGCAAUCGCUAGAAGGAUGUUCUCUAGAGAUGAGUACGAAGGUGUAGAAGAGUCGCAUUAUGCGUAUAGGGUCAGAGAUAGGUUGAGGAAACAAGUUCUUGUGCCGCUGCGUAAAGCGCUUGCACUGCCUGAGGUGUAUAUGAGUGCAAAGGAGUGGAACCAUUUGAAGUACAAUAGAGUCGCUUCGGUGGCUAUGACGAACUACAAGACGCUCUUUGAGAAGCAUGAUAGCGAGAGGUUUAGGGAGUUUUUGGAGGACGUGAAGUCCGGGAAGAAGAAGAUGGCGGCUGGCGCGUUGCUUCCUCACAAGAUAAUCAGUCAGCUGAGCGAUGAUGGUGAAGUUGGGGCGGAAGUUGCAGAGCUUCAGUGGGCGAGAAUGGUGGAAGAUGUUGCCAAGAAAGGCAAGAUGAAGAACUCGUUGGCGGUCUGUGAUGUGUCCGGGAGCAUGGCGGGUGUACCUAUGGAGGUUUGCGUGGCGCUUGGGUUGUUGGUUUCGGAGCUUAAUGAAGAGCCGUGGAAAGGGAAGGUUAUCACCUUUAGCGAAAACCCGCAGCUUCAUCUAGUCACGGGCUCAAGUCUGAGAGAAAAGACCAAGUUUAUCACAGAAAUGGAUUGGGGGAUGAACACGGAUUUCCAGAAGGUGUUUGAUCGGAUCCUAGAGGUUGCGGUUGAGAAUAACUUGAGCAAUGACCAGAUGAUCAAGCGGCUGUUUGUGUUCAGCGACAUGGAGUUCGACAGUGCAGUGCAUACAGAAAACAGUGAUAUGGACAGUGAUUCGGAGGUAGAUUAUUACUCUGCUCCUUACGAGGAACGGUUGAAUAUUGCAAAGGAACGGUCCAAGAAGAAAUGGGAGACAGAUUAUGAGGUGGUUCAGAGGAAGUAUAAGGAGAAUGGUUUUGAGAAUGUUCCAGAAAUUGUAUUUUGGAACCUAAGAGACUCGUCGGCGACACCAGUGGCGGCUAAGCAGAAAGGAGUAGCUUUGGUUAGCGGGUUUUCAAAGAAUCUACUGAAUCUGUUUCUAGAGGAAGGUGGGAUUGUGAAUCCUGAAGAUGUCAUGUGGCUAGCCAUUAAAGGUGAGGAGUACAAGAAGCUUGUUGUUCAUGACUGAUAAACUUCACUUGGUACUUGUUGUACUCAUCAGUUUCUUUGAGUUUACUUUUCGAAAACUUGUUUUUCCAUUUUGUGUUUGACCUUGUUUGAGGAAAAAGAUGAACCUUGUUUAUCUUG